AAAACAUUGAGGCGUUUAUUGUGGUGCCAAGCGGGUUGCUAAGAGGAGGGGAGAGGGAGCCCGGAGUGGGAGAUGGGUGACCCGAUGGAGAAGAUGCUAAACCAAGCGGCACUUGAAGCCUUGUACUCGGCUACAUAUGUUGAUAAUUUCCUCGACACAGUAGAAAACCUGCCUGAUGAGGUCCAAAGGGAAAUCUCCAGCAUGAGAGAGCUGGAUGUCCGAUACCAGGCACUCCUGCAAGACAUGGAGGGUCUGCGAGGUCAGCUAGAGGGUGAGCUGGACUCCAUUUCCCUCAAGAGGGUGAUGGUUCAGAUCCAGGACAAGUUGAUAUCCACCCAGGAAAUUGGUGAUGACAAACUUCAGAUUGUGCAGCACAUCCUGGAUAUCAUUGAAAAUAGACAGAGGCAACUGGAACUGGACAGUAAAAACUUGGACUUUGGGCAAGAGCAGGAAAAAUCUGAGUCAUGUAAGGAGGUGCAGCCUGAGAGGGUGAGCAAGAGGGCACGUCGCACCAGAAAUGAGCACACCACCAGCCACAAUGAAAACUCCAGUGAAGCCCCAGCUGCCACACACACUGAGAAGACCUCGAAUGCGAAGGGAUCAGCACAGAAGAAGACAACCAAAAAGAAGAAGCGAAAAACUCGGGUAGAGAGAGAGCGAGAAGAUUCCCCAACAGAAAUUCCCAUUGAUCCUGAUGAGCCAACAUACUGCCUUUGUGAACAGGUAUCUUAUGGAGAGAUGAUUGGCUGUGACAAUGACCUGUGUCCCAUCGAAUGGUUCCACUUCUCAUGUGUAGGACUAACCAACAAGCCCAAGGGGAAGUGGUUCUGCCCCAAGUGUCGUGGAGAUAAACCAACUGUAAUGAAACCCAGAGCCCAGUUUUUGAAGGAGUUGGAGAAAUACAAUAAAGAAAAGGAAGAAAAGUCAUAAAACUUAAAUCUUCACUGUUGUUGGCCUGUUCCCUUGUACAAAGUUAUGUUACAAUGGAAGUGUCCUGUAGGCCAUUUACAUCCAGUACUAACUCACCCAAAUGGACUUCAAGUAAUGCAUCCUGUUCAAAAAUAUAUAUGAAAAAGUUGUAUAAAAUUGUAAUUAAAAGAUCUGAAAUAAAUAUUUUUUUUUAUAGCAGAGAUUUAAAGAAGUACUAAUGGCUUUUGAGAAUAAGCCUUUUAUUUCAGGAAGUCCAUUAAUUGAGGCUCUGUGAUGUAAAAUGGAUAACAUGUACACUCAGUUUUUCAUAUAAAAGUAAUUUAUUGUGGAAUAUUAGUGUGGUCUGUAAAUAUUUUUGUAUUUAUUCUCAAAAAAGAAAAAAAGACUGACAUGAGACAAAAAUGUUUUAUAAAAUAUACAUAUAUAGUGUGUGUGUGUGUCUCUGUAUGAUUAGUCUUUCACCAUUAACUAGAAACUUACACCAGUUAUUACACUCAGUUAUUACUGAGGCAUCACAAGGAGGUAUUUGCUAUGAUUUUAAUCAGAACCCAAAAAUAGUUGCAGUAUUAUGGUUUUCAGUAUUGAGCAAUAACAAAAAGAAGAUGAAAAAAAAAAAAAACAUAGUAUCCAGAGACAUCGUGUGAUUUUCUAGCCAUUUGAGGCACUAGUUUCGUGUUUCAAGUGUAUGGCUUAGCAUGGAGAAAAGUUUUCAUGGCACCACCUUGAAGCCGUUCCUUAUGCUUUCUGGAUCUCCCACGCUGAUUGUCAACACUAGUGGAUGAUUUUUUCUUGGCAGUUUUAGAGAGAGGGAGAGGGAAAAAAAUAGGAUGUAGAAAUUAUCAGCAUUAGGUUGCAUUUUGAAUUGCUAAAAUACAUUGCUUAACAUAUGACAUUUCCAUUGCAGGAAAUUCAUCUUUUAUGUAACUCCAUCAGUCAUUACAAGCUUGUUAAUUACAUUAUUAUCAGCUUAUCUCCUUUCACUUGUACAUUUUAACAUUACUAGUGUUUUAUGCAAUUUUUAUCUUGGCUCUGCAUGACCAUAGUCAUUGCAGCACCACACAAGAAAUGUUUUUAAUCAUAUCACUUCACUAUCCCUAAUCUUUCACAUUCCACAGCACUGUUGCUUAUCUUGCUAUUUAUAUUGUUACUUUUCUGUCUUAUUUUGUUGAACUCAGUGGUUGUCAAUUGGAACAUAUUGUUCUUCUGAGGGUAUUAAUUCUUGAAGUUUCCCUAAUUUCUUUGGCUUACUUGCAAAAGACUUUUGAUUCAUUUUAUCUCUUCUGUCCAUCUUCCUAGAAUAUUUGAGUUUUUAGUAAUCUGACUUUUCAUCCCUUUUACUGGUAAAAUCUGGAACACUACCUCAUUCUGUUUUCCUUCUAUCUCGACCUAAGAAACUAAAACUAUAAAUUUGUGGAACAGCAGUUAUUUAUGGUAGCAGUUCUUAUUAUUUAUUUGAUUAUUUUAAGCUUUAGUUUAUGUAUGUGGUACAGAUGCAGGCAUAUGUUAUGCAUAUAAUUGUAAUUAUUAUCUCUUACCCUAUCAGAUGUUCCAUUUAAGGUGAAGAGUGGAUUAGUGAUAUGCAUAAAGGAGCAGAGAAUAACAGGACUUGGAACAUGUCUUUGCUGGUACCUUGCCAUCUUUUACCAUGCAUUAUUAACACUGUCUGCUGGCUUGCCUGUCACAAGAGUGAGAACUUUGCACCUCAUAAGUCUUAAAUUAUGUUUUAUUAUUAUUAUUAUUAUUAUUAUUAUUAUUAUUAUUAUUAUUAUUAUUAUUUUUAUUUUAAUGACCAUAUAGUUACUGUUUUCCUGAGCAAGGUGGUAUAUAGAGGAAGUCAUGUGUGGAAAGGUCAGGCUUGCUCACCAGAAUGCAGUUGGCACUCAUAAAUCCAGCACAUGAUCCUCAUGGCUAUGCACUCAUUAUCAGGAAAUGUGUACAUUGCUACAUUGAAUUUCUUGUUUAUGUACUGGUUGUUCAGUAAAGGUGCUUAGUUGUGUAGCUUGUUAGUGCAAGGUUAUCAGUUCUUAUCUCACUCACAGCAGCUUCUCUCUAGUGGGGGGGGAAGCCCCUACCACUGUAAAAAGUUAUGCUGUCCUUAAGAUUAAUUGUAUGGGCUUUCACUAUCUUCCUGUGGUGGAAUACUGUUAUUGCUUGCACAGAAGCAUAAUUUAGUAACUUACAAGUAGCAAGUUCUUCCUCAUAAUGUCUUCGUUGUAAACAUACUACAUAGAAAUAGGAGGUACAUACAUACUUGAGUGGAUCUUAAUGGUGACAAUGUAGUGGCAAUUUCUGUUGAUAUUUGCUUAAUGUUGGUGAAUUUAGCUACAAUAUGAUGGAAUUAUGAUUGGUGUCUUUCAUUGGGAGAGGAAACUGCACAAAAUCCUACAUUUACUUAAGAAACCAAUUUUAUAGUAUAAUUUGGAUACAUGUGAGAAUAUAUAUAUAUAUAUAUAUAUAUAUAUAUAUAUAUUUUUUUUUUUUUUUUUUUUUUGACAUGAAUGGGAUCCAUACAUGGUUUUUUUUUUUUUUAGCUGGUAAGGUAGCUGCUCAUCAGUGUGGGAAAAUUCUUUAUAAUUUUUUUCAUCAACAAAAAUUUUGGGACUGGCAGUCCUCCAGUUGAAGCUAAGGAAAAUGUUGACUAUGAUGGAUAAAUUUAAGUUACAUAUAUCUGUACAAAUGUUUUCCAGCAGUUAUACAAAUUAGAUAUUACUGUUAUAAGGUUAUAUGCUACUAUACAUAAUUGUAUAUUUCCAUUGGAUACUUAUAAAAGUAAAAUUUUGUACUUGA